AUGUAUUUUCUUGGCUAUCAUUCCAUUGCAAUCGUCAAUGUUCGGUACUUUGCUACAGAAGCAAUAAAGUUAAAGUACCAGGAUCCCGAGGUGCUGUAUGCUUCGCAACUGGAGCAGUUAGCUGGAAUGGGAUUCUCAAACAGGGCACAAAAUAUUGCAGCUUUGCGUGCUUCGUUUGGUGAUUUGAAUGCUGCAGUGGAGCGUCUGCUGAAUUCUCCCUAA